AUGGUCCACCUGGCAAAUCUUCUCAGCGCUGCUUGUCUUGCCUUGAUGGCUAAGGGAGCUCCGAAGAACUUUGAUGAUUGGGAGCACGGCCGAGUUGCUCUCCAGGAUGUUAGUAUCCAUUUUCGCUAUGCAGGCUCUGGCCCACCGCUGCUUCUAGUGCACGGUAACCCUCAGUUCAGCUUGACCUGGCAAUUCAUCGGUCCCAUCCUUGCAGAGCAUUACACAGUCAUAGCUCCUGAUAAUCGCGGAGCUGGAGAUUCCAGCAUUCCACCAGAUGGCGACUACACUUCCGAAGCAUCUGCGGGUGAUCUCAAAGGCGUGCUCGACUUUCUCAAUAUUACAUCAGCGUACGUAUUUGCACAUGACAAGGGAGGCGGUAUGGCUACCGCACUCGCAAUCCAACAUCCUUCCAUGGUGAAGAGGCUAGUACUUGCGGAGUAUCUGUUUCCAGGUUUCGGGUACGAGCAGGCCUCAGCGCCCGCUCCAUUCUGGGAUCUUUACGGAAAUCCUCAACUUGCGCUAUUUUCCAUCCCUGACUUUGCGGAAUUCCUGAUCAAUGGCAAAGAGAAGCCAUUCCUGCAAUGGUACUUCUACCAUGGAAGCUACUCCGGGGUGACCAGCUUCAGUGAAGAUACCGUGAAUAGAUACACUACCAGCAUCUCCAAACCUGGCUUUCUUAGAGCUAUGCUUGGUCCCUUCUCAACUGCCACUGUCAACGCAGAUGCGCAAUUUUUCCGAAGUCACCUUGGCCAAAAGCCUUUGGAAAUUCCAGUGCUCAACAUAGGUGGUGAAGCAAGUUUUGGGAGCGAAGACAUUUUAAGUCUUAUCAGUUCCUUUGUCUCAAAGGACCUGAGUGUUGCCGUUGUCCCGAAAGCAGGUCAUUGGCUAGGAGACGAGAAUCCAUCUUGGACGGCGAACCGCGUAGCAAAAUUCUUUUCGGAGGACAAGUCGCCUCUGCAGACGGUUGAUCUCUCUUCCUUGACUGAUAGGGUUACUUUGCAAGUCGGAUUCUUCGGCACCUUAAGGAAUGCCGCUCUGGGUGCCAAUAUUGGUAUGUAG